AUGAAUGAGAAAGUAGAACCUCAAGUUGAGAUGGAAGUUGAAAUGAAGCCAAGUAUUAAGAUUCCAAACGAAAAGGAGCAACCUCUUCUUGAGAAAAAUUAUGAAAAAUUUAUUCAAGAAAUGAAGACAAUGAAUGUCAACAUUCCCUUCUUGGACAUGAUUUCCGAGAUGCCCAUUUAUGCUAAAUUUCUCAAGGAAAUCUUAUCCAACAAAAGAAAAAUUGAAGAAGGUGAUAUGGUGUGUUUGACAGAAGAAUGUAGUCCCAUUAUUCUCAACAAGUCUUCUCCACUUGCUACAAAGCAUGGAGAUUCCGAAAGGUACACAAUACCGGUGAAAAUAGGAGGUAUGGAGGAAAAGAAGGCCUUGUGUGAUCUUGGUGCUAGUGUGAGCUUGAUGCCUUUCUCUAUUUGUGAGAAGAUGAACUUUGGUGAUUUGAAUCCAACAAGAGUUACAUUACAACUAGCCGAUGGUUCAAUCAAGUAUCCUUUAGGUGUUCUUGAAGAUGUACCACUUCAAGUGGGAAAGUUCUUUAUUCCAUGCGACUUCAUCGUAAUGGAAAUGAAAGAAGAUUAG